AUUUUUUGUUGGGUUCAAAGUUCCUAAAUUUAUCCAUGUAAAUCGAGCAAGUCAAGUCAAGCUCACCUUAUAAGACUUGGCACAUUCAAAACAAUGCAUGUCAUAUGAUCAAAACCAAACCAUUCUACGUUCUAAAUAUCUCUCAACUCAACCAAGCUCCCAGCAAUGGCAUCAUCGACAGCCUCAAACCAUCUUCACUUUGUAUUGAUUCCAUUACCAGCUCAAGGCCACUUAAUCCCCAUGAUAGACAUGGCCAAGCUAUUGGCAGAGCAUGGUGUGAUGGUAACCUUUGUCACCACCCCUCACAAUGCCUCUAGAUUUGCAUCGACCAUUCAUCGAGCUAGGCGACAAUCUGGGCUUCGGAUUCAACUCCUAGAAAUCCCAUUUCAUUGCCAAGAUUGUGGGCUGCCACUAGGGUGUGAAAAUCUUGAUAUUGUGCCUUCAAGAGAACUAAUUGGAAAAUUUUACACUGCACUUGAUAAGCUACAAAGGCCAUUGGAGGAGUACCUGGAAGAACAAAAGGCACCUCCAAGCUGCAUAAUUUCAGACAAGUGCUUGUAUUGGACUUCCAAGACAGCUCACAAGUUCAAGAUCCCAAGGCUGGUCUUCCAUGGGACUUGUUGCUUCUCACUUUUGAGCGCCCAUAAUUUGCAGCUAUACAAGGCUCACCAUUCUGUCACUUCUGACUCGGAACCUUUUGUGGUGCCAGGUAUGCCGAAAAGGGUUGAGAUAACCAAAGCCCAGUUGCCAGGAGCAUUCGUCUCCAUGCCGGACUUGAACAAUAUUCGCGACCAGAUGAGAGAAGCUGAAUCAACCUCUUUGGGAGUGGUGGUGAAUUCUUUCAGUGAGUUAGAGCAUGGUUGUGUAGAGGAGUAUGCAAAGGCUAUAAAAAAGAAAGUGUGGUGCAUUGGACCAGUUUCUUUGUGUAACAAAGAGACCGUGGACAAGUUUGAUAGAGGAAACAAAGCCUCAAUUGAUGAGAAAAAGUGCUUGGCAUGGCUUGACUCAAUGAAACAAAGACAUGUUCUCUACGCUUGCCUUGGCAGCCAAUGCCGCCUAGUCCCAUCACAGUUGAUGGAGCUUGGGUUGGGCUUGGAAGCAUCAAAUCACCCAUUCAUAUGGGUGAUCAAAUUAGGAGAGAGAUUUGAAGAGCUAGAAAAGUGGUUGUUGGAUGAGAAUUUUGAGGAGAGAAUCAAAGGGAGGGGACUUCUGAUCAAGGGUUGGGCUCCACAGCUUCUCAUUCUGUCCCACCCAGCAGUCAAAGGGUUCUUAACCCACUGUGGUUGGAACUCAACAAUAGAAGGGGUGUGCUCUGGAUUGCCAUUGAUAACAUGGCCUAUGUUUGCAGAGCAAUUCUUUAAUGAGAAAUUGAUUGUGGAGAUCUUGAGGGUUGGGGUUAGAGUUGGUGUUGAGGUCACAGUUAGGUGGGGGGAGGAAGAGAAAGUUGGAGUGUUGGUGAAGAAAGAAGAAGUUAAGGAGGCUAUAGAGAGAAUAAUGGGUGGGGGAGAAGGAGAAAGAAGAAGAAAGAGAGCAAAAGAACUUGGAGUAAUAGCAAGAAAAGCCAUGGAAGAUGGAGGAUCUGCUCACUUGAACACGUCAAUCUUGAUCCAAGAUAUAAUUAAUGAAAUAACAACCAAGUCAAGACCAAUGUCGGAUCUUGAUAAGAAAACAAAAUAGUCAAUCCAACCAGGUCAAUUCGGUUCCUCAGUUUGCCGCAAACUAGCCAACCUAA